CUCACCAGCCUCCUGCCCACCAUGAAGCUGGCUGUCAUCCUCGCCCUGGCCACCCUGGCUCUCUGCUGCAGCCCUGCUUCUGCAGGGAUCUGCCUGAGCUUUCUGAAUGUCAUCAAAACCUUAUUCAUUGGCACGCUCUCCAGUUACGAGGCUGCAAUUGAAGUUUUCGUCCCAGACGCCAACAUGAAAGAUGCGUUGAUCCAGUUGAGGAGUCUGGUGGAAACCCUACCCCCAGACACCACGGAGAACAUCCUAAAGUUCAUGGACAUUGUCUUAAAGAGCCCAGCGUGUGCUUAGCACUUAGAAGCUGAAGAUCUCCAACUGCUGGAGCUCCUGCAGCUCCCGGCACUUCCUUCACCCUGUCCCCAGCCUGGCUCCCUUCAAUAAAGUAUGAGCAUCUCA